CUUCCACUAAGUCGAACCGAAGAACCAUGAACUAGUUUCCUUGUGGCGUGUCAUCAACAAGAUCAGACUCGGGCUGUGAGAAUGAACGGCACUCAGCAGAAUGACACAAAGAGACAACAUCUGUUGGAGAGGCUACUGGAUGCUGUCAAACAGUGCCAAAUCCGCUUUGGGGGUAGAAAGGAGAUUGCCUCCGAUUCAGACAGCAGGGUGAUCUGUUUAUGUGCCCAAUUUGAAGCUGUUCUCCAGCAUGGCCUGAGAAAAAGUAGAGGCCUAGCUCUCACAGCUGCUGCCAUCAAGCAGGCUGCAGGCUUCACAAGCAAGACUGAAACAGAGCUGACGUUCUGGUUCUAUGUAAAGGAGCACCUGAACCGCCAUGAGCUUCAACGGUUCUACUCCCUGAGAUACAUCUCCUCAGAACUUGGCCGGGGCCGUGCUUGGCUACGAUGUGCCCUGAACGAACACUCACUAGAACGCUACUUACACACGCUGCUUGCAGACCGCACACGCCUCAGCACCUUCUAUGAAGACUGGUCAUUUAUUCUGGAUGAGGAGAGAGCCAGCAUGCUGCCCACUAUGGCAGCAGGGCUGAACUCCAUUCUGUUUGCCAUCAACAUCGACAACACAGACCUGAACGGCGCGACCAGGCCCGGCGGCUCCACCUCCGUGAGUCACCUCCUGAAGGAGUCCACCCAGGGCAUCGGCAGCCUGUGGAAGGAGUCCGCCCAGGGUGUGAGCACUCUUCUCAGGGAGAUCAGCACAGCCACCGCGGUGGUGCCCGGCUUCACCCCCACCCACCGGCCGGAGCCGUCCUCAGACCCCCUGCCUGUCCUGCCCCGCAGCGCCUCUGCCGAUUCUGGCCUCAGGAAGGAGCGACGGAGGAAAAAGAAAAUCACUAACAUCAUCUCCUUUGACGACGACCUUGACGGAGGAGCGGAGGAUGAGGAAGAGACUGAGGUGGAGGAAGAGGUGGGGGGGAGGACUGCGUCUCUGAAGGCGGGCACCAAUGCUCCUGAGGGCAGUCUUGACGGGGCUGUCAACGCCCCUGAGCCUUCCUCCUGCUCGCCUCCACGUAACGGGCUGCUUGAGCCGGGGAUAGUUGGCUGGGCCGGGACUCCUCCUUUCUGCAGAGCUCUGCCAGACGCCAAGAAGAUUGAUAAUGACGAGGAGGAGGAAGAGGAGGAUGUGGAUGUGUAUAAGUGUAGGCCACAGCUACACAGCCCCCUCCAUGAGAGGGCAAGUGUUGACCAGGCUGUGGUGGGCAGCCUAUCCAGUGUGUCCACGUGGAGCCCCCUGCAGGCCAUGACUGAUAACGACAGUUCAGACAUCCUCAUCCCUGUGGCCUCCAACCACUCCUACUCUCAGCCAGUCGGUUCAGUGGAGGAUACAGACGCAUUUCUGGAACAGGCCGACUCCACCGUUCCAGUGGAAGAGCAUGACACGGCCAGAUCCCAGCUGCAGUUCACCAUGGAGCCCAGCCCGCCGGUCCAGAAUGCACCUCUCUCCAGUGUGUUGCCCCAUGUCACUCCAGGUUUACCAGAGUCCAUGACAGUUGUGGAGCUCCGCCAGGCUAUAGUUGCCAUGAUGAACAGGAAGGAUGAGUUGGAUGAACAGAACACGUCCCUACGCAGCCUGCUGGAUGUGGAGAUGGAGCAUUCUGCCGGCCUCAGGCAGGGAACAGAUGCCCUCAGGAGACGCCUGGAUGAGCUUGAGGAGAGACACACGGCCAAGGUCCAGGCUCUGGGCAGGGAAAAUGAGGUCCUCAAGGUCCAGCUGAAGAAAUAUGUGGGGGCUGUCCAGAUGCUGAAGAGAGAGGGGAGCCAGGGCAAUGACACCGCUCUCCCCAUGUUAAGGAACUGUGAUGGUCCCACUUCAGCUCCUCAGAGCAGGUCUAUGGGGGAUGUGGAGGAGCUGGCUGCCAGCUACGAACGCAAACUUAUAGAGGUGGCUGAGAUGCACGGCGAGCUGAUCGAGUUUAAUGAGCGUCUGUACCGUUCUCUGAUGGCCAAGGACCACCUCAUCGUUCAGAUGAGACAGGAACUCAUCGACCUCAGGGGACCUGUUCCCGGUGACCUGAGCCAGACAUCUGACGACCCCAGCCUAUCAGAUUUUGAGACGGCUCACCGGGCUCUCAUCAACGUAUGGAUACCCUCUGUGUUUCUGCAAGGCCGUGCUGCUAACGCCUACCAUGUAUACCAGGUGUAUAUCCGUAUCCUGGACAAUGAGUGGAAUGUCUACAGGCGCUAUACAGAGUUCCGGGCGCUCCACAACCACUUACGCUCACAAUUCCCGCAAGUCGACACCUUCAACUUCCCACCCAAGAAAGCCAUAGGGAACAAGGACGCCAAGUUCGUGGAAGAGCGUCGGAAGCAGCUGCAGUCCUACCUGAGGAUGGUGUUGAACAAGCUCAUCCAGACCCUGCCAGAGUUCACUGCCGAACCCACCAAGGAGACUCUGUUACAACUGCUGCCCUUCUGCCAGGACAGUCCAGUGGCCAGCGAUGGGAGCAGUAAGUUGGCCCGCUCCAAAGCCUCAUCGCGCUUCCCCAGACUGGGGCGCAGCCGGAAUCAGGAAGGCCGCAACCCAGAGCCUCAGAGUGGUGACCUCUAACGUUUUACCCUCUGAACUGGGACGUUUUCUUUAGUUGGAUGAUGCUGAAGUGUAAAUCGGUGCUCCUCCUGGAUGUCCCCUAGAUGGAUUCUGAGCCAUAGAGAUGGAUGAAAAGAGAGUGGAGACUCUGCAGUGGAGAUUGUACCUCCUUGAUGUUUUCUGCAGGACAGCAGAACAGGAUAUACUCCCUCUGGGCUCCAUUGAUGAUUGACUCAAAAUCUACACAUGAACUAGCUGCGUCUAACACAGACAUUGAACCAAGAUGGGAGGACUGCUUCUUUAUUUUACACAGUUUUGUAGUGAAACUGUAUCAUGGUCAUCGUGUCUAUGGUUUUCUAGCGUUUUUUUGUUGUGAGGGGAUCGGACAUUGAGAAAUCUUCUUUAUACCAAACUAACAAUGUGUUUUCUUGGUGAAUUUCAGUAUUUUGGUGCCAUUUAGUCAACAUUGACCAAGGCGACGGGCAUUUAUGUUUUGUAUUUCUGUUACCAAUCUGUUACAACACGAUAAUCUGCACAAUGACCUAUUCCAUCACACAAUCUACCCAACUGUUCAAAUGAAUGAAAUGUGACUUAAGGGAGACCUAAGGCUUUAUAGAUAUACAUUAAUAGUAAAUUAAUGUCUUAUGUCAGCUAACAGUUGUAGAGAAGUUGCAGUUUGGUUUGUAUAUGGCUUUGACUUAUACAAAGUCAAAGCCAUAUCUAAAACAAAAAUCCUAAAUGCGUACAUAUUACUAGAGAAAAGAGAUUACUGUACUGAAAGAAGUGAUUCUUUGGAAAAAAUGUGAUGGAAGUUGUUCCAGUGACUGCUCCCAGUCUGCUGUACAAUUAGACCUGUUAAAAUGAUAGGUAAAGAAGUAGCAGUUGAUAAUUGAGACUGGGUAAGACUGUAAAUAAUAUGAGCAAAUCAUAAAGUGACUAAUGUUAUUUAGAAGCACAACGAUCAAAUAUUAAUGAUGAACAUAUAAUAUUAUAAUUCAGUCAUCCUGACAAACAGCAUUGCUGUUGCAUAUUUAUAUGUUAAACUUGUAAUUGAGAGACAGGACCCUGGUUUUAUCUAUUAACAAAGCACUUCAGUCUAUUCUUUCUACUCAGACAUUAAGCAAAGUUGUUGUUACCACUCUUUCGUACAACUGCUAAAACAAAGGUUAUCUUCCUGUUUCCGUCACAUAGAUAGGUCCUGGAUUUUAUUUUCUUGGACCAUGUGACCUGACCAGGAACAACCCUGGCCCCUUAGUUAUAGGCUGUAACUAAAGGCUGGUAGUUCUUUCUGGUCAGGUCACACAUGGUCAAGAGAGAAAUAAACUCCUGGCUGCGCAGAUAUGCUGCUGUAUUUAGAAGGCAAUAUCUUACCUUCUGUCCUAGCCUUAAAUCACUGUUGGUGGCUCAGCAAAUAAAAGCAUACAUGCCAAUGG